AUGGAGUACUUGAGCAGAUGCCUAGAUGAAGUCAAAGACAAUGGAAGAUUCAAGUUUCAUCCUAAAUGUGCAAAAUUGAGAAUAAAGCAUCUAUGUUUUGCAGAUGACUUACUCUUGUUCUGCAGAGGGGAUCAACACUCAAUAGGGACCAUAUAUCAAUGUUUCCACAAGUUCUCCCUAGCUUCUGGACUGCAAGCAAAUAUGAAUAAGAGUUCCAUUUAUUUUGGUGGAGUCACUGAUCAGAUGAAGGAGACCAUACUGCAUCAGUUCCAGUUUAACUAUGGGGAGUUCCCUUUCAAGUAUCUUGGUAUUCCUUUAUCCACUAAAAAGUUAUCUCUUACGCAAUGGACACCUCUAGUGAAUAAAAUUGUAGCUCGAAUUACCUCCUGGACUGCCAAGAAACUUUCGUAUGCAGGAAGAAAGCAAUUAGUUCAAUCAGUUCUCUUUGGAAUCCAAGCUUACUGGUCCCAAUUAUUCAUUAUACCCACAAAAGUCCUUAAACUCAUUGAGGCUUAUUGUAGGAGCUUCAUAUGGUCAGGUACCAACACCAUCACCAAGAGAGCACUGAUAGCAUGGGAGAAGAUAUGGAUCCAUUCUUAUUAUAUAAAAUCCCAUACUGUCUUUAAUGUUCCUAUACCUCAACAGGCUUCAUGGAUGGUUAAGAAGAUACUUGCAGCUAGAGUGAUACUAGAACAGAUACACACUCAAAGAGACUCACCAACUACUGCAAACUUUUAUGUGCAUUUGCUGGGUAAUAGACCAAUAGCCCCCUGGAAAAAUAUGAUGUUUAACAACAGUGCAAGACCAAAGGCUAUUGUUACAAUGUGGAUCAUGCUGCAGAAUAAACUCCCAACUACAGACAGAUUAACCUCCUGGGGAAUGAAUGUCAACCAACAAUGCAAACUCUGUCAACAAGAUCUGGAAAAUAGAGAGCAUCUGUUUACUUAA